AUUUCUCUGAAGGGAGUGACCAAACACAGACGCCAAAAUGUCUGAAAAAAAGAUGACAUCAAGCCGCAGGCAUCAUCUGAAGAGCCUGAUGCUUCAGAUUGCUGCUCAGCGGUUGGAAGAUGAGACCGCUGACAUCGAGGCAGCCAAGGAGCAGCACUUGAUUGACAGCUGCCCUACCAUCCCUGACUCCUGCUCUCUGGAGGAGCUGCAGAAACUGUGCAAAGAGCUCCACCAGAAAAUCGACAAGGUUGAUGAGGAUAGGUACGAUGCCGAGGCCAAAAUCACCAAGCAAGAAAAAGAGAUUGAAGAUCUCAGAUUCAAGGUGAAGGAAAUGAAGGGUAUGAAGAAGCCAGCUCUGAAGAAAGUACGUAUGUCUGCCGAUCAGAUGCUUCAGGCUCUGCUGGGCUCCAAGCACAAGGUCACCAUGGACUUGAGAUCCAACCUGAAGCAGGUGAAGAAGGAGGUCAAGCAGGAGGUGACUGGCGACUGGCGCCAGAACGUUGAGGACAAGAAGGACAAGAAGAAGAUGUUUGAGGGCGCUGAGGCAUAAAUUUGAAAGACUGCUGAUGUUGGUGACGAAUGUAAGAAUAUUGAGGACAAGGCUGGCAUGGACGGCAAGAAGAGCAGAUUGAGGGCACAGAGGCCGACAUUUGCCAGGACUUUCUUUUUACCCCGCAAUGUUCA